AUGGAGAACACAAAGAGAUUAGCUUCUUCGCAAAAGAAAAGGCAGAAUCCCAACCGGUGCCGACCAAAAUCAAGAGGGGGCUGCCAGAGGUGCAAGCAGCGGCGAGUAAGUCGAGGUGAAAGAUACACAGUUGCUCCUUCAUCUAUGAAGGCCUUCUUUGGAUUCCAAAAAUUAAUACUUGUUCAGCGCAGAUGUGAUGAGGCAAAGCCAAGCUGUCAGGAAUGUACCAAGCGAGGACACAUUUGCCCCGGUUACCAAAAGCAGAGCUUGCAGUGGCGACAUGUUUUCAAAAGCAGCGAAGACCCAAAUCAGCCAGCACCACCGAUUGAGCCUCCCGAAUCGGCCGCGACCGAGUGUUCCGAAGUGAACAAUCCUAUGCAGGAGGAAAAAGUCAAUAUUCAAAAUGAACCCCAGAAUAUCUGGGAUACGGCCAGCCCAAACCUAUUUGAUCAACUGCCGGAUUUUGAUGAGCCAACAGAUGCCUGGUUCUAUACCGAGCCAGGAUCUAUUGGCACGGCUUUAGUGAAACCUGAUGCCAAAUUAGAUGGAUUGUCGAUUCUGCGCCAACGACUGGCCAAUACAUCGGUCCCCUCCUUUCUCAUCCAACUACCAGUGAUGUUGGUGCAAUAUUACUUUCAUACGGUUUGUAACCAAUGGUCAUCUUUUGACUGUCCUCUCAAUCCUUUCCGAAUUAUUGUUAGCCGGCUCUGGAGUCGAAAUGCGGCAAUUUACUUUGCUAUCCAGAGCAUGUCAGCUGCCUCGUUGGCUAACGAUUUUCCAACCAUGCGAGCCAUCGGAAUACAGACACAGCAGCAAGCAAUCGCGUGCCUGAAUAACAGUGUCCAAAAGGAUUCCACUCAGAAAGAUGAUGAAUACUUUCUGGCACUGCUCAUGAUUGGAUCCACCACUGGAUGGCACAAUGCUUCCGAUUUGGGGCUUCCAUAUCUGAGAGCGGCUCAAGAUCACCUUCUGAAACAAGAGCGCGAGUGUAAGAAUGCAAACUCUGCCCUCGCAAAACAACAUCCACUUUUCAAACAGUGCCUCCUUUGGUGGAACCUACUAGCUGCCUUUGUGGCAGAAGAGUCGCCUAUUCUGGACGUGGACAGCUAUAUAGAAAACAGCGACUCAGAUCUCUCAGUCUAUCUUGUCGAUGGACAGGUCUUACCGCAUCCAUGGACUGGAUCUUUCAGAUACUCAUUGAGUCUCUUCUAUCGAACUGCAAGAGUAGUUCGGGCCGCAAGAACUUCCCACCGCCGAAUACCAGCAGCUUUGGAUCCCGCUUUGCUUGACUUGAGCUCCAUGGCUGAAGAACUCGAUCUCAGACAGAAAGCCGAGCAACUUGAGGACAAAAUUCUUUUUACGGGCUUCUCAUUCUAUUGUGGGCCUGUCGACAUCGGCGAUUCAAACACCCCACCUUCGCAUUUUCUUACGUUGGCCGAGGCAUAUCGCUGUACAGCACUGUUGCAAAUUUACCAUGUCUUCCCAUACAUCCUUGAGGAACGACUACGAUCUAAUCAAACCGCGGAUAGCGAAAAUCCGAUCCCGGCCCUCUUUUUGCUAUUGUUCCCAAUAGCCGCUGAAUGGUCAUCGUGCUCGGUGGAUGACGCACGACACACCCUGGCACUUCACAUUGUAUCCCUUUUGGAGCAGCUUCCUUCAACAUCUGGAACAAAGGUUUUGCAGCCCGUAGUUUUGGCUUGCAUCUCUAGUGACCUUGUGUUCUCGUCCGGGUCUGUGCUUGGCGCCACAGAAAAUGCGAUUCCCAAUCUGAAUACACUGGAUGUUGAAAUUGCCCAGGCCAGACGAAAGGUUAAAAUGCGGUUGUCUGAGCUGAUCUUAAUUCUACCAAAACUACCAAUGCAACGCAUCUAUAAAGUUGUGCAUGAGACUUGGGAUCGUGCAGACUCUGGUUUAGAAGAGUUCUGGCUGGAUGUUAUGUUGGAUUUGAAUUUGGAAACUAUUAUGGGAUAG